AUGGUCGGGCCCUGGCUGUGCCACCCCGGUCACUACCACAGCUUCCAGUCGUCCGAGGCGCCACCCAAGGAGCGACCAUCGUACUUGGCUUCGCUCGGCCUCUCGCGCGCUGCGCCCAAGUCGCCGAGCGCCCACUGCUUCAUCUGCCAUACCGUCCUUGACGCCCACGUCUGCACGUGCUUGGCAUGCGGCCUCGCCGUGCACCGCGCGUGCUUGUCCAAGACGCAGCGAACGAGCUCCAUGAAGCGCGAAGACCGGGUCAUUCCUAUCUGCACGUCGUACCUCGCGCGCACAAUGGCCCCGUCGACGCCCGAGGUGCACCCGACGCCAGCGUCGCCGCAGCUCCAGCUUCUCGAAGAGCUGUCCCUCGACCCACUGCACGUGGUGUCGCCGCGGACGCCCCAGACAACUGCCGCAAACUCGAACGUGGCGCUCCAGUAUAUCCGCCGAUACGCGCCGUACGUCGCGGGCGGCGUCCUCGUCGGUGGCGCCGCGGUCAUGGGAAUGCCCAUGAUGGCGCUCACUGGCCUCGGCGUCGGCCUCUCCACCGCGCAAGGGUCUCUUGUCUGGUCGAGCCGCGCGUCCAGCGAGCGCACCAAGGCAGCGAUGGACGUCAACUGGGCCCGGCGCAUUUGUUGGGAGCUCAAGCAAAAGGCCGACAUUGGCGACAGCUCGUACAAGCAAGACGCAGCGCUUCUGCGCAGGUACCACAACGCCACCGACGCGCCGCCAACGACCAAUGACGUGUACGUUAUGCUCUUUGGUCUCUGCGCGUCGACGGACGAGCUUCUCGGGCGUGUCAACAGUGCGCUCUGCGAGGCCUUUCGCAGCCGGCGCAAACUCCACCCGGGCCUCAAGCAGACCCUCGAAGACGCUCAAGUGUACGUCGGGCACGUCUUGGCAGUCACAAUGAACACGUAUCCCGCGCUCUCGACCACCGACGAGAGCAUCAUGGACGCGACCGAGGCCGUCGAAAAAAUCGUGUACAGUGACAUUUACUCGACCGUCUUUACGGCCUUUCGCAACGAAUACGCCGCGCACGAUGCCACACUGCGCGCCUGUGUGCGCGAGGUGCGCAACCUGCGGCCAGACAUGUCGACCGAAACGUACCUCUCAACGGGGUCGGCCAUCGAACGCACCGAGACGGCGGUCGCUCUCCAAGCGCUUUGCUCGGUGCAAGAGCUCACGUACCCGCUCGGGAAGCUCCAUGCACUCAGCCGCAGCUUCCGCGCCCUCUGCAACGUGGCCGAAGCUCGGUUCGCCUCGGCGCCGAAUGCGGAUAUGCUCUUGCCCAUGGUCAUGGACCUCAUCGUGUAUGCACCCACGUCGGCGUUCGUUGCGCACCUUGCAUUUGUGUCGACGCUGACGCACGGCGGCGGGCGCGGCGUCGACGGCUACGCGCUCACGACCUUUCAUGUCGCCUUGCGCGCGUUGGCGUCCAUCGACGUGGCGCCGACCAGCGACGAGGACGAGGACGAUGCCACGACCGACAAUGAUGACGAAUUCUUCGAUGCGGUCGAGGGUUAAUCGCGCGCGGCGUUGCUUAAUUUAACGUGUCCCAUACGAGUCGAC